CACUAUACCUAUAAGAUUCAGAGGUUUAUAAACAGUCUUGCUCCAACUGAUGGACUGCGUUGGUUAACGGGUGUCCCUCCGCCAGCGUAGUUUAGUAUUUUAGUUAACCAUUCCGGUGAUGCUUGGUGUACUUUGUGUACGUCACAAGCCUUGGAUCCUCAAUUCAAUCUCUCUAUUCUCUCACAGCUUAUCGCCGGCUCACCAGAGCCGGUUCGUUCAUAGUUCUCCGAUACCCAUACAGUUCGCCGCCGAAGUACAUAAGCGUCGACAUCAUUCAACCGCCUGUACCCUUGGCGGCGGUUUGAACGGUAGCGGCGGCGGCUCGGCCUCUAUAUGGCACGCCAUCCUUCCUUCUGUCCGCGGAGGUGGGGGAUGCGGUUGCCGUCGCCGCAGAGAUGAGAGGAAGCCGGGGGAAGGGUCGUGGAAUGCGGCGUGGGAUGAAAGACCGGCGCGGUGGCUCCACCGUGCUGACUCGGCUUGGCUGCUCUUCGGCGUUUGCAGCUGUCUCGCGCCGAUUAAUUACUGGACUGACACGUGUGCGUAUCCGGAGGUGGUUACAGUUGUGGAUGAGAAAGGCAUAACGGACGGUUGCGAUGAUUCCAAUGAGAAAAGGGGCUGUGAAUUGGCGGAGAGAAAUGAGAGGUCUGGUGCUGGUUUCAAGGUCAUAGGGAUGCUGGCGGAUGGGAGAUGCUUAUUUAGAGCUUUAGCACAUGGUGCUUGCAUGAAAAGCGGGGAAGAAGUCUUAGAUGAAAAUCGUCAAAGAGAACUUGCUGAUGAAUUAAGAGCUCAGGUUGUGGAUGAGCUUUUAAAGAGGCGCAAAGAAACGGAAUGGUUUGUUGAAGGAGAUUUUGAUGCAUACAUAAAGCAGAUUCAACAACCUAAUGUAUGGGGUGGAGAACCUGAAUUGUUGAUGGCUUCUCAUGUUCUGAAGAAACUGAUAUCAGUCUUCAUGAUGGAUCAAAGAUCAGGUAAUCUGGUGAACAUAGCAAAUUACGGGGAAGAAUAUCGGAAGGACAAAGAAAAUGCUAUUAACCUGCUGUUUCAUUGGUAUGGUCACUAUGAUCUAUUGGAGACUUCCCCAGAUGAAAGGUGCUAGAGAGUAAAAGAGUAGAAGGUAGGUAUGUUUUGUAGAAAAUUUAUAUGAGUUUAUCAUUACCUAAAAGGCAGCUUGUAUUUUAAUAAUGGAUGCUUUCCAGCCAAACUAGAAUCUUUGGUAGGAUCAAUAAAUCUGGUUCCAGCAAUGUCAAUUCAAGCAAUAUGCUUCUUAAUUUUUUGUA